AUGAAUCAUGCUGGUGUACAGACUGUGAUGUGUCAAUUGAGAGAAAAAUAUUGGAUAUUACGUAUGAGAAAAACUGUGCGAGAAAUAAUCUCAAAAUGCGUUAUUUGCAAAAGACAGGGUGCGAAGCCAAUGAGAGUAAAUCCUGCCACUCUGCCGCUGAAUCGAGUCAAAGACGCCGCUGCGUUUCAAAUAACAGGAAUAGAUUUCGCAGGGCCAUUAUAUUUACGCGGGCGGCAGAAGGCCUGGAUCUGUUUAUUUACUUGCGCGGUCUAUCGAGCCGUACAUUUAGAACUCGUAACCGCUAUGUCGAUGGCGGCAUUUCUAGAUGCGUUAGAUAAGUUUAUUAGCCGCCGCGAUCGACCAUCGGUCAUUUAUAGUGACAAUGGCACGAAUUUUAUUCGAGCUAAUAACAUGUUCGAAAAAUUAAAUUGGAAUGCAAUCGCUAAGAAUAGCUCCGCGAAACAAAUAAAUUGGAUCUUUAAUCCACCGACAGCAGCAUGGGGAGUUAACUGCGAGCGCACAAUAAAUUCGCGUCCUUUGACGUACGUGUCGGAUUCGUCGGAUGACUUAAGGCCCCUUACCUCGGCCAUGUUUCUGCAAGAUCUUAGAGAAUCUGAAUGUCCAGAUGUAGAUAUUAGUAGAAGAAUUAAUUUUGAUAAAGCUAUUCAACAUAAGCAAGAACUUAUAAAACAUUUAUGGGAACGCUUUCGAAAAGAAUAUCUUAGUCAACUAGUUUUAAAAGGCGACGUAAAAGAAUCUCGUAUCUUAAGACCAGCGAGGGUCGCGAUUCUGCGAACCAAAGAAGGGAAUUUAAAAAGACCGUUACAACGUAUUUAUCCGCUAGAAGUCGAGAGCGAUAGUAUGAAUGUAGAGAACGAGAGUGUGACAAUGAAUGAGAAAAUUACUCCUACCAAUGCAAGAGAAAAAGAGUGUAAACCUAAGACGGAAUGCGAUACGACAGACAUAGUGGGAGGAUGUGAAGAACUCUCACCAACGUCGUAUACGGACAUAUGUCUAGGACGAUUAUGUAUUACAAAGUACAACAAGGGAAUGAAUGGAAUUGAUCUCCAAGACCAAAUAUUAGCAUGUUUUCCAAAACAAUGUUACGUCGACGACUAUAGGAUCAACAUAGCCGAAUCUCUACUGAAGAAUAUGCCAAAACCAAAUUAUAGAGAACGAGGCGAAUUAUCUUCCGGAGAUGCGCCAGAGAGACUGCACGUGAAGCAUUGGGCUCAUUUUCCAAAGUACAUUGAUUCAACAGCAUCAAAAUUAAGACCGUCAAAACCUUGA